AUGCAUCUGAGCAGGUUUGGUCUGCUGUCCCUUGGGGUUGCGGCAGUCGAUGCCUUUAAGGACACAUCUCCAUUUUUCCUCGCUUCCACCUCGGAGGUCCUUGCGAACUCCGCUUACAUCAAGAGCGGCGCCUCCGUGCUUGAGGAGGUCUCCUCUUCUUUGAGCAGCUGCCCGUCCGAUUACUAUGUCGUUGUCUCCCAACCUGGAGUUCACAGCUCCGACUUCUCUACCCGCAAGUCUGCACCCCGCCUUGGCACGAAGAUGCUGGGCAAGGACAAGUCAAUCCGGUCGAAGAUGAGCGUCACUGAAGUCUCUGGCUUGGUGGAUGACAGGCAAAUCAAGAGGCUUUUGGAGGAUAAAUGCAAGGCACAGACUACCUCUAUCAAUGGUGCCUCCGGAUCAUACCCCUCCUCUUUUGAAUCGGGUCCUCGCAUCAUUGAUGUGCAAUUCCCUAUGCUCUCAUUGGGCUCAGACCGCGCAGACCAGCUCUCCGACAAUGAUGGCAUCCUUUCCGAUAUCAUUGAGCGUAUCCCCUCGUCCUCCAAGUACACCCUCCUUUACAUCACCUCACCUCGGGAGUUCCCUGAGACCGACUCUGUAGUCUAUGAUACUACCGAGGAAUACGGAGAUUCCAUACGGAUGGAGCUCAAGCGUGAUUAUUCUGCCCACACCUCCUCUAGUUCAUCAAACUCUACAGGUCGAACAGUAUCGCUGUUUGAUGAGUACCAAUACUUCACUCCUGGUAUCUUCAUGGGCCUUUUGGCUUCCUCAUUAUUCAUUGUGAUCUUAUAUAUUGGAAUUAGCGCUCUCAGCAGCCUCCAGGUUCCCUAUGCUGCUUUUGAGAAGGACACAUCUGCUGCCAUCCAGAAGAAGGCGCAAUUGGCAACUGCUUUGUCCACAAACCCUUGCUACGAUCUCCCGUCUACCCCAGGACAGCUGACCCGCAGUGGAGAACCGAUCCAGCAGUUCGAUUUUUCGGACUUGGCUACCAUGAGGUUCCUACCAUCAAGUCUCGAGAAGACUCGGUCGUCCUUCAUACUCCUCUUGUUUCUAGUCUUAGCAGCAGUUGCUCGAGUGUCGGCAGAACCUGCGGGGACGGAAACUACUGCAUCUACAUCUGACGCACAGACACAGACCACCGCCGAUCAGUCUGCCCCUAGCGGGACUGAAACUACCUCCACCUCAACUAAGACCACUUCUACCUCGACAUCAACAUCAGAGAGCACUACAUCCGAGUCCACUUCCACUACCACUGCGAUGGCUACGACAUCUACGACAUCGACGACCUCGUCGCUCACCUCAUCACUCACCUCAACCACAGAUGGAACCACCGCAACCACAGCGGUUUCCACAACAACGACAGCCUCAGCCUCAUCAACAACAACGAACACUAUCGCGACCAUUCCACCCACGGCUGGCGCACCGUAUAUGCAAACAGAGCACAUGCCGGAGGGGACAUUUUUCAUCAUCAUCGGUGCUAUUCUAGGGUGUAUCGGACUGGGCGUCCUGGCCUGGCGCGGAAUGGUCGCCUGGUCAGUCAACCGCUCUGUGCGCAACGCAGCAUUAGUGAGCACAGCGGAGUCGAAGCGCCUACUUCGUGGCAGCCGUAAGAAGCGGACUCCUGUUUAUUCGGCCGCUCCAAAAGAAGAUGUUUUGCUCGACAAAGUCGGCACAACAACGCGAACAAGCUAUAGGCCUUCUCCUCAGAGAGCAUCCACUAACAGCAGUCUCUUCUUUUCGCCCACUGCAGGAGGCCAUGGUGCAUCUCAUACCAAUCUCAACCGCAACUCGACCUAUCUCCCUGCGGGAUACUAUGCGGCUGCUGGAAAUUCUACCCCUGUCCGCGAUCCUGGCCUUUCGUCGCCAGUUUUCUCGUCUGGUUCUCCUGCGCUCACUCCUACUGGUACUUUUAAUUCGCAGCAUCCCCGUCAAUAUUAUGCCGGUGCCUCGACAAGUUCGUUGAAUCUCAAUCAGACCCCACAGGGUCGCGCCCCUAGCGCAUACUUAGAUGACUUGUUUGAGAACCACACUUCUCAGAACCGCACGUCUCCUCGGGAUCUAGACUCAGGUCACCGAUGA